AUGUCAAACAAGAAAGCACAAGAGAGGCUAGCCAUUAAUCUUCCAUUUGACAUCAUAUUUUCCAUAUUUACUAGGCUUCCAGUUCAAUCUUUGUUACGUUUUGAAUCUGUUUCUAAAUCAUGGAAUGCUAUAUUAUCUGAACAAAUAUUCAAGAAAGCUCAACUUGAUCAAUCCAAAGCGUUGGGCCGUGAAAAGCUCAUGCUACAAAGAAUUACUGGGCAUGUCGAGUUUAGAGACCUUGAAAGUUGUCCUGAAUUCAGUUUGAUGGAAGAGCAACUAUUUCCAAGAUUUCAAUGUGCUGAAAUCUUGUGCUCAUGUGAUGGUUUGAUACUUUUAAAAGGCUUUAAGGAUUACAAAGAGUAUGUUUUGUGGAAUCCAUCUACCAGAGAAUAUCGGGUUCUUGAAUCAUGUCCUUAUAUGAAUGGAUGCCCUAAAGCUUGUGGGCUGUGCUAUGAUUCGAAUCUUGAUGAGUACAAGGUUAUAUUGAUGUGUAGCUCGUUUUCUGUUGUUUACUCUUCCAAUAAGAGUUGUUGGACAAAGAAAACAAGUUUCCCUUGUCCGGUACAACUAUUUAAUAAUCGUUGCUCUGAGGGGAUUAGCACGGGAGGUUGUGUAUUUUGGUCUUUGAAUUGGAGUUUAAUCAACCAAUAUGUAGAUAGCAGUACUUCUUUUAUCAUAUACCUAGACGUGAAGUCGGAUGAUGUGAAAAAGCUUUCUGUACCAGAAUUUGUAGGUGCGAAUGGUUUCUUUGGUUUGAGUAGUUUGAACGGUUGCCUUUGUUUAUAUGGAGGAACAUACCAUUAUAAAGAAUUAGACAUAUGGACUAUGGAACAAGACGGCUGGAAAUGGUUAAUGAACGUGUGCAACUUGCCCAAUAUUUGCAUAAGGUUUGUACAAGAUAGAAAGCUUUUGUGGCGCGGAAAAAAUGGUGAAAUUCUCUUUUACGGGCAAUGGAAUCAACAACUUUGCAUCUAUUAUCCUAAAACGAAACAGUUUGUUACAGUACAUUCCGUAGCUGAUAUAUCCGAAGAUUCCAAGAAUGCCAUGGCGUUAAUAUGUUUGGACAGUUCAUAUUUCUAG